ACUGUUGUCAUGUUUGCAGCCUCAAAGCAAUGAGGGUUGGCUAGAUGCUGUUGUAUUACGAAUUAAACAAAAUGAUUUGAUUUUUUAACAGUUUUUAUAUAUCUUUUAUUUGAGACCGGGUAUAUUGGGUACAGGAUGAGUAGCGUAUGCAGAGAGGUAGUGACCCUACAACUUGGUCACUAUUCAAACUUUGUCGGGACACAUUGGUGGAAUUUACAGGAUGCGUCCCUGUCUUACGAGCCUGACUCAGGGGCGCCACCUAGCGAGCUACAAAGUGAUGUGCUGUUCCGGGAAGGUGUGACACACGGGGGGCACGUCACCUAUACCCCUCGCCUUAUCGCCAUGGACCUCAAGGGGAGUCUCCAGACUCUGAGGCAGGAGGGCAGUCUUUAUGAAACUGACAAAGAGACCAAUGCCUUCACAUGGGAGGGGGAUGUGAUGACUCACGAGGAGAGCCCCCCUACAAAGAAUUCCUUUCUCCAGGAUUUGGACAAACUGGAUAAGGGGGAGAUAUUGGCUGAACCUGAGUACAGCACAUCUCAACUACAGCAAUGCCCAGGGGCUGUUGCCAUGGAGACGGUGAACAGCAGCUUGGAGCGCGCUCAGAAGAUGUACAGGCUAGAAGACAGCGUAAGGGUGUGGUCUGACUUUCUGAGGAUACACCUGCACCCGCGUACCAUCUCCGUCAUCAACCAGUACAACCAUGAUGGGGAGUCUCAGCGUCUGGAAGCUUUUGGCCAGGGGGAGGCGCUGUGCCAGGGAGUGGUGCUUGAGGAGCUGGAGGAUCGGCUGCACUUCUUUGUGGAGGAGUGUGACUACCUGCAGGGGUUUCAAGUGUUAUGUGAUCUUGCUGAUGGCUUUUCAGGCUUGGGGUCAAAGGUCACAGAGUUGCUCCAUGAUUCAUAUGGAGGUCGGGGUAUCCUUACGUGGGGGCUGGCUCCUGUCAACCAUCCAGAUUCUAGUCCGAUGAAGGAGUUCUACCACUUAUUGAACUACGCCUUGGGAACAAUCAGUCUGGCCAAUCACAGCUCUUUCUUCUGCCCUCUGACCCUGAGAGGGGGGUUGGGAAUACGGCCCACUCCACCCACUUCCUUCCCUCACAUUAAUUAUGAUCCCACACUGUGGUAUCAUUCCAGUGCUAUACUAGCCCUUGCCCUGGACUCCCUUACUGUGUCCUAUAGGCUGAGGUAUCACAGCUCCCCCAUGUGGCAGAUUGCAGACGCACUGGCUGUGUCUGGCCGGAAGGUGGUGGCUGCGUACGGAGCUGUUCCCUUCCCCAUGACGCAAGGCAGCUGUCUUCCUGACGCUCUCGGCGCAUACACGGACAAUUUGCCGUGGAGGCCUCUGUCAUCUUGUCCCGAGCUCGGUGACGGGCGCUGCUUCGGCCAGUCGGUGACACUGAGGGGUCUGGAGGGACAGAACCUUGUCAGCCCGCUUUCUCCUGGGACUCAGCCCCCCACCCCUCUGCACAGCCAGCACAGCGGAGAGGAGGUGCUCACCUGCUUCAUGAGGGGACACUACCCCUCCACGCCUCUGGCGGUACAGUUGGUUGCCAGCCCCAGUAAGCUGACCCCUCCCUUCCCGCAGAUUUUCAGCCCAGGCCUGGACCAGCAGGGCUUCUUGCACUCCCACACCACAACCCCCAACACUGUGUCUGCAGUGUCCAGCCUGCCCGUGCUGGCCUCGCUGCAGUCGUCUCCAGCCCUGGGCCCCUGGCUGUCCGAGCUGCAGCGCGGGGCCUGCGCCCUGGACCCCCGGCGCGUGGCCCCCAGCUACCUCUCCCAGGGCCCAGAGCCUGGGGAGAUGCAGGAGGCCCUGGAACAGCUGCGCACCCUGGCCCACUGUUACCGCGACAACACGGGCGGGGUCCUGCACUCCUCUUCCGAUGACGACGACGACGAUGACUGAUGGCGUUUCAUGAAGGCUCUUUGUCACUGUGAUAUGCAACCAUUUUCCUGUAGAUUCCCUUGGAGAGCACCAUGAAGGGAGAGUGGAAAAACUGACUGGGAUGGAUGAAUGGACAUAUGGGGGUGUGUGUGUGUGUGUAUGUAUGUGUGUGGAGGAGGUGAUUGAGGAAGUAUGAAAGACAGAGUGGACAGCAAGAAGUAAGCUCUUGGGGAGGAAUGGUAGUGAGAAUGGAGAAGAAAGAGCAGAAUGCAUACUGUAACGGACUGACUCUCCUCUGUGUGAAUCUGUAAAUAAACCUGCUUUGCUAAAAGAGGGGUGUGUUCUCAACAUAAGUGAAUCGGAAGAGUCUUGGGCAGCAAGCCAGCUGGCCAGCUUCUGAAAUGGUGCUGAACUGAAAAGCAGACUAAACAGUGUCUUCCUUGCAAAUGCAAAAAUUAAUGAGUUAAUUAGUUGCCAGUGGCCUCCUCA